AUGAAGUCGCCAUCUCGCAUCCCUGUCAAGGCUCGGUUCGCACAUGGCGGUAAACGAAAACCCGCGAGGGAGGAUGAGUUGCAAGGCAGGAAGCUUGCGGAUGCCUUCUCCUCCAAUAACAGUGGCACACCAGAACGGCUCGUCGCCGGCGCCAUCGGAGCCCCUCCCGGUCUCAAUGGCGCUAAGCCGUCUGUCCUGACGACAUCGAUUUUCCUGCGCUGCGCCCGACUGGCGCAAGCUUACGCAGCUCCCAAGACACGGCGUGCUGCCAAUGGCGUCCAUAUGUCUUCAAUGUCUUUGAAUGGCCACUGA